AUGCCGUAUGAUGACGAUAGCUACGAAGACGACGAUAGCUACGAGGCAGCAGAUGAUGCAUAUGAAGAUGAUGAUAGUUAUGAAGCUGACGACCAACCUCCUCCACCUGUACCUCACGGCAAUGAUAUAGACGCCGACAGCUAUGAGGACGAUGGUGAUAGCUAUGAAGAUGAUCCACAUGAAGCAUCUUUGAGUGAUCAUCAUCCUCCCAGACCAGUUCCUGGUGACAACGACAGCUAUGAUGAUGACAGUUACGAAGCAGAGGAGACAAAUGUUCCUAUUCCGCCCCCACAACAUGAUGAUGACAGCUACGAGCAUGAUGAUGAUGAUGACAGCUACGAACACGAGUCACCGGUUCCUCAAAAACCGCCAAGCGCACGACGAGGUGGCGACGACGAUAGCUAUGAACAAGCCGAUGAUGACAGCUAUCUCCCAGAUAAUAUCCGCCAAAAUCCAGCCCCCUUUUCACCAGAACCAUCAACCAGUCGUAGGAGUGGUGACGACGAGUAUGAAGAGGACGAUUCUCGAUUCUCAAUACCCCCGCCAGUGGCGGAGUAUGCAUCCGAUUCGGACGAGGAAAAAACUGAGCAAUCGGUUCCGUUCGACGACGAAUAUGAAGAAGGUGGCGAUAGUCAGAGUGAGGUUGGAGACAUUGCUGGGGCGACCGGGAAUAUUGGUUCUAACCGCACUGAAGUGGCGCCACAGAAAAACGUGGUCAGGGAACCCGACAGCAGUGAUGAGGAGGAUGUCUACGCUGAAGAAUCUCAGGAUGAUGACGGUGACACACAGUCAAGCUGGGGGAACCAUGGUACCGCACAGUCCAGUGCCAAGCAAAUGCCUAUUAGUGAUGAUGACUCGGACAGUGAUGACUCUGAACCAAAUCCAACGGGAUUUGUUGACAGCGAUGAAAGCGAUGACUCGUCGGAUGAUGACGAAACGGGUGCACUGAAAGGAUACAACUUUGAUAACGAUGAUUUCUUUGAUGAAGACAACGAUGAUGAUAGUGACAACGAUGAUAGUGAUGGCGAAUCUGAACCGUUUCAAAAGAGGCAUGAUACAAGGCAAUCCAAUCCUGGCAAGGACAAAAUGUCGAUAUUCGGUCGCGAGGUCUCUGUUGCAGAGCGAGAAAAGAGUUUGUUUGCAAAGGAACGAAAGAUGAACAGAUAUGUGGCUCUUGCCAUCGCAUGCAUAUGUAUUGCGGGCAUUGUAGGUGUGAUUGUAUACUUUGUUACGCCAUCUGACGAUGAGCCCGCAGCAGUUGCACCCUCACCAACACUUGGACCCUCUCCAUCGCCCUCGUUAGCUGUUCAAAAUACUGUCGAGAGUCUGUACUCAAUUGCUCUCAGUACAAAUGAAGUACCGGCUGCAAGCUUAAUCCAGAGUAUGGAUCUACUUGCUGAACAAGUUUUCAAUGCAUCAAAUGUCAAUGUUGGAACAAUAAGGAACCGGAAGCUUGCCAUUGUAGGCGUGUCGCGCCCGUCCAGUUUGGAGGCUGCAUCGACGAGUAAGGACUGUUGUGCUUGA